UCCCCACCCUUAGCCCCUCCCCAUAUAUCGCGACAAUGGCGGCGACAUCGGCGCCCGAGAGGGCCAAGACCUCCCCCAAGUCCAUCAAAUUCCUCUUCGGAGGCCUGGCAGGGAUGGGCGCCACGGUGUUCGUGCAGCCUUUGGACCUGGUGAAGAACCGCAUGCAGUUGAGCGGGGAGGGGGCCAAGGGCCGCGAGUUCCCCACCAGCGCCCACGCCGCCGCCGCCAUCCUGCGCCGCGAGGGCCUGCGCGGCCUCUACACCGGGCUGUCGGCGGGGCUGCUGCGCCAGGCGACGUACACGACGACGCGGUUGGGCAUUUACAGCGUGCUGCUGGAGCGCCUCGGGGCGCCCGAUGGGACCCCCCCGCCUUUCGUGGCCAAAGCCGCCAUCGGAAUGACCGCCGGCGCCGCCGGCGCCUUCGUGGGGACCCCCGCCGAGGUCGCCCUCAUCCGCAUGACGGCCGACGGCAGGCUGCCCCCGGCCGAGCGGCGCGGGUACCGCAAUGUCUUCGAUGCGCUGGUGCGGAUGGCGAGGGAGGAGGGGAUCGGCACCCUCUGGAGGGGCUGCAUCCCCACCAUGGCUCGCGCCGUCGUCGUCAAUGCCGCCCAACUCGCCUCCUACUCCCAAUCCAAGCAAUUCCUCCUGGAUUCCGGCCGUUUCAAUGACGACAUCUUCUGCCACUUCUGCGCCAGUAUGAUCAGCGGUUUGGUCACCACCGCCGCCUCCAUGCCUGUCGACAUCGUUAAAACCCGGAUCCAGAACAUGAGGACGAUCGAUGGGAAACCGGAGUAUCGCAACGGGCUGGAUGUGCUGGUGAAGGUCGUGCGACUCGAGGGUUUCCUGAGCCUCUGGAAGGGUUUCACCCCCUAUUACGCCCGCCUGGGUCCCCACACCGUCCUCACCUUCAUCUUCCUCGAGCAGAUGAACAAAUGGUACCGGCGCCUCGUCCUUGGGGACUGAACGCUAUGGGGCAGCCCCACGGCGCUAUGGGGCAGCCCCACACCUCUGAGGGGCUCUACAGUGGCCCUGUGGGGGCUAUGGGGCAGCUCAGGGUCCUUAUAGGGCAGCCUUGGAGCCCCCUAUGAGGGCUGUAGAGCAGCCCCAUAGCAAUACGGGGCAGCCCCACGGCGCUAUGGGGCAGCUCAGGGUGCCUAUGGGGCAGCCUUGGGUCCCUAUGAGGGCUGGAGAGUGGUCCCACAUCUCUAUGGGGCAGCCCCACUUCUCUGUGGGGCAGCCUCACAUCUCUAUGGGGCAGCCCCACAGCUCUAUGGGGCAGCCGUGGGUCCCUAUGGGGCAGCCCUGAGUCGCUAUGGGGCUGUAGAGUGGCCCUAUGGGGCAGCCUUAGGUCCCUUAUGGGGCAGCCCAGGUGCCCUACAGGGGCUGUGGGGCAAUCCCACAUCUCUAUGGGGCAGCCCCACAGCUCUGUGGGGCAGCUGAGGUGCCCUAUGGGGCAGCCCCACAUCUCCAUGAGGCAACCCAGGGUUCUAUGGGGAAGCCUGAGGUGCCUAUGGGGCAGCCCCACCUCCCUAUGGGGCAGCCCAGGGUCCAUGCAAGGCCCAUAGGGUGGCCCCACAUUUCUAUGGGGCAGCCAUGGGUCCUUAUGGGGCCCUAUAGGGGGUUCUCACUGAUCUUAUGGGGCAGCCCCAUAGCUCUCGGGGGGCCUAUGGGGCAGCCCCAGGGCUCCAUAGGGGCCCUAUGGGGGCUCCGGGGCCUCUCUGCCCCACACAACCUCUGCCCCAUGGCGGGUUCCCCCCCCCGACACACACACACACACUCGCCAUGGGGCGCCCCACGGCACCCAGAGCUUCGUUACCGACUCCGUUAAUUAAAGCAGAAU